GAGAGAGAGAGAAUAAGAGAAGGAGUAAACAAAAAGGAAAGGAAUGACGAGUUUCGCACCAGGACAGCUUUCAAGUUCUCGUUCGUCUGCAUACAUAUUCGUUCUCUCAACUCCAUUUGAAUCUUUGACUGCUGCGUCGAAUUUCCAAUCAUUUUCUCACAUACCCACUAGCAGAUCCUCAAAUUUCUGCAGUGGGUAUCUCUCAAUUUUCUCCAAAAGCGUCACACAUUUUUCGUUUUGCUACUGCAAAAGAACCCAAAAAACCGAAAGUCCUGAUUUUUUUUUUGUUAACGUUGGCAUGGCUUUGUCUGCGGUGGGUUCGUCGGUGGUCGAGUUCCACGCGUCUCCAUGCCUCUGUUUGGUGGACUCAAAUUCGAUGGCGAGAAAACAAUUCUCUCGGGCAAGUUCGUUGGGGAGUUCAUUUCUUGAUUCGUGGCACGAUUGGCGAGUUGAGGCAAAAGCGCUCUCGACGAGUGCUCCGAGAUGGAGUUCGAGGAAGCGACAGCACAAGGAAGGAGGAGGCCUUGUUGUUGUCGGCGAGUUGGGUGGUCAGUAUGAAGACAGUUUUGAGGAUGUUGAAACCCAAAUGCUCAACUAUUUCACAUAUAAAGCUGUGAGGACGGUUCUUAGCCAGCUCUACGAGAUGAACCCGACAAAUUAUAGGUGGUUUUAUGAUUUUGUCGCGGAAAACAAGCCUAGAGAUGGAAAGCAUUUCAUACGAACCCUCGGGAAGGAGAGACACGACCUCGCUGAAAGAGUGAUGGUAACUCGUCUUCACCUAUACGGAAAAUGGAUCAAGAAAUGUGAUCAUGCCAAGAUAUACAAAGAAAUCUCCGACGAGAACUUGGAGUUAAUGCGCGAACGGCUUAUUGAGACCGUGAUAUGGCCUACAGAUGAUACCAAUACCGAGAAGAUUGGAUGAUUGGUUGCUCGGCUUGGAUCUAUAUCUGCGACUUUUAGAUCCCUGUUUCAUGGCAACCUUUCCUAAGUUCGGGUUUCUCUGUGCCUCCAGACAAAAGGAAUGUUGUCCUCCAUCUAUUAGUAUCCGAUUUGUCGCCUGUAAAGUUGUAUAUAUUGGAACAAGCAUCAUUUUAGCUUUUAGUGAAGGAAUGUUGAGGUUCGGAGUUCUCUCAUAGUGGCUUCUGCAUUCCUUUUGCUGGUAUAUUCCGGCCAUUUGAUCAUUUUUUUUCAUCAGAAUUGUCAAUGACAGUGCAGUGGCUGGCCUAGAAUUCAACUUUUCUAUUCUGCAUUCA